UUGCUUUUUGACUGAUAUGCCAGCCGUGUUUAUGAACACGUUACUUAUCGAUAUAUAUUUCGGGUCUUAAGAUUGGUAUCAGUUCUGUCUUAGUAAAUUCAUCGUCCUGGAUCUCCUCAAUCCUCUCGGUUGGGUGGAGUGUUUUUCUUCACUCUGUCCCGCACAUCGUCUCCAGGAUGACCGCAGGGUUCAAGACCACAGUUUAAGAACCAUCAAUGUUCAGUCUGGAAGAGUGUGAGUGAUCUAGCUGACAGGUGUCUUUGUGGCACCUCUCAUCAGUUGUUAUGGGUACGGCAUCCUCCCUGGUGAGCCCCGGUGAGGUGAUUGAGGAUGCGUACGGGGGUGAGGGAGGGGAGGCAUGUGAGAUACCGGUGGAGGUGAAGCCAAAGGCACGUCUGCUGCGGAGCUCCUUCCGCCGUGGGCCUCGUGUCAUCGGCGCCAGCUUCAAAUCUACCGGAUCAGUUGAACUGGAGUACGCGGCUGAGUAUGAGCGCCUCAGGAAAGACUAUGAGAUCUUUAGGGUCAGCAAGAACAAUGAGAUCGCCUCCAUGCAGAAGAAAGAAGCCAAGCUGGAUGAGGAGAACAAGAGACUGCGUGCUGAGCUGCAGGCUCUUCAGAAGACUUACCAGAAGUUUCUUCGAGAGAAGGAAAGUGCCCUGGAGGCAAAGUAUCAAGCAAUGGAGAGAGCUGCCAACUUUGAACAUGACAGAGACAAGGUCAAACGGCAGUUUAAGAUAUUCCGGGAGACUAAAGAAAAGGAAAUUCAGGAUUUGCUGCGGGCAAAACGAGAUCUGGAGUCAAAACUUCAACAGCUGCAGGCUCAAGGCAUUCAGAUUUAUGAUCCAGCAGACUCGGAUUCAGACGACAACCGCACCACUGUCACCACUGCAGGAACUCAGUGUGAGUACUGGAGUGGUGGCAUAUUGGGCAGCGAGCCGUCCAUGGGCAGUAUGAUGCAGUUACAGCAGACACACAGAGGUCCAGAAUUCGCUCACAGUCUCAUUGACGUGGAGGGGCCGUUUGCCAAUGUCAGCAGAGAUGAUUGGGAUGCGGCUGUAGCCAGUCUGCUGCAAGUUUCUCCUCACGUCUCUCAGGCUCUGUGGAGUAACACAGUCCGCUGCUACCUCAUAUACACACAGGAGACCAGAGCGGAGCUGCAGGCCUUUAUACAAACUCAUUCUUUGAGGCUGCAGAGGUUUUGUGAGGGUUUGGGUCAUUUCUACCUGAACGUGUCAUUUCCUGAGGAGAAAGCUGCUCUGUAUGCUGCUGAACGCAGGCAGGAGAUCGAGAGGAGCUCUGUGUGUGUGCUGCUACUCAAGUCCUCAGUGUCCAGUUGUGUUGUAGAGGAUGUGGAGGAAGCAUUUGUGCAAACCCCAGACUCUCGGCCUCUCUUGCUGUAUUUGCGAACUGGUGAGAGAAAAGGAGAAAAGGAAGAGGUCUCCACCCUCAGCCCAUCCACUAGAGACUUGCUGGAGAGAGUUAACAAAGCUGACAAGAGUGCCAAACUUAAGGUAGUGGAUCAUGCUGGGUCUGUAGAGGAAGGAGCUGCUCUUAUCUUCACUCAACUUGAAAGAGUUAUCAAACAGGAGUUGUUGGGUUUGGAGUUAGAAGAGAGUGGAGCGGUGGAGGAGAGAGAAGAGGAAGACUCUGGUGAUGUGCUGUGGGAUCUUCAUGAUGAGCAGGAGCAGAUUGAGGCAUUCCAGCAGGCUUGCAGCUCAGCUUCCAGAUUCAGCUUCCAGAAGUAUGUCGACCGACUCAAUGACAUGGUAGCCGCCCCUCCACCCACCCCACCACUGCUGGUAUCUGGUGCACCUGGAUCGGGCAAAUCACUUCUGCUUGCUAAAUGGAUAGAGUUACAGCAGAAACACUCUCCCAACACCCUCAUCCUGUAUCACUUCACGGGACAUCCUCUCUCUACCAGCACAGAUCCAGUGCUCAUCAUUAAGCGCCUCACAGUGAAGCUGCUCCAGCAUUUCUGGUCUAUUUCCGGCCUCUCGAUGGACCCUUCUAAGAUCCUCGAAGAGUUCCCACGCUGGCUAGAGCGGCUGUCUGCACGUCACCACGGCAACAUCAUAAUCAUCAUUGACUCCAUUGACCAAAUACAGAAUGCUGAGCGGCACAUGAAGUGGCUGAUUGAUCCUCUUCCUGCUAAUGUGAGAGUCCUGGUUUCAGUUAAUGUGGAGACCUGCCCACAGGCAUGGAGAUUGUGGCCCACGCUGCACCUGGACCCACUCAAUCCCGUUUGUAACAAUUCUGUUAAUAAUCUUAAAACAGCCAAAUUCCAAUCCAAUUAUUGUCUCUCUUUAGCACACACUUUGUCUGUUUGUAUGGGAAAAUAAGAUUUUUAUGUUUAAUCUGUCAGCUCUAGAUCUUCCUGGACAUUGGAGAGGACUCUACAGCAGUGUGCGUUGUGUCAAGAUACAGUAUCGCUAUACAGACUGGGCCUGAAGUCGGCGCUUGAUUCACUCAGCACGGAUCAGGAAAAACACAUCAUGAAAGAGUUAUUGUGCUUGGUAUGUGCCAGUCACAACGGCAUUAGUGAAUCAGAGGCUUUGGAGCUGUUCCCAGACCUGAGUUUUCCCGCUCUCACCUCACUGCUCCACAAUCUGGAGAGACUCCUCAUCAUUACCUACGCCUGUGGCCUCAUUCGCUUUCAGCACCCACAGGCAUGUGAAGCGGUCAACCAAGAGUUUCUGGAUGGGGGCAAAUGUCGUGGAUCCUACAGCGAGAAAAUCAUUCGGUUCUUCAGUGAACAGCUGAAGCAAGACAGAGUGACGUGGAGGGUGGCUGAUGAAUUGCCGUGGUUACUGCAGCAGCAGGAAGAUCGAAGUAAACUCCAGAUGAGUUUGCUUAACUUGUUUGUGUCCCAGAACCUGUACAAGAGGGGUCAUUUCUCUGAGCUGCUGACAUACUGGCAGUUUGUUGGUAAGGAUAAGUGCUCAAUGGCGACAGAGUAUUUUGACUCAUUGAAAGAGUUUGAGAAGACCUGUGAGAGUGAGCAGAGCAUGAGCCGACUGGCCAACCUGUACGAGACACUGGGCCGCUUCCUCAAAGACCUGGGACUGCUCAGCCAGGCGGUGGCCCCCUUGCAGCGCUCCUUAGAGAUCCGUGAGACGGCUCUGGAUCCAGACCACCCAAGUGUGGCUCAGUCCCUGCACCAGCUGGCGGGGGUUUACGUUCAUUGGAGGAAAUUUGGAAACGCAGAGCAGUUGUACAAACAAGCUAUGGAGAUUUGUGAAAACGCUUACGGCCCUGAACACAGCACUGUCGCUAGAGAACUAGACUCACUCUCGCUCCUGUACCAGAAACAAAACAAAUAUGAGCAGGCCGAGAAGUUGAGAAAGAGAUCAGUCAAGAUCAGACAGAAGACAGCACGACAGAAAGGCCACAUGUAUGGUUUUGCUCUCUUGAAGCGGCGGGCACUGCAGUUAGAGGAACUUACUCUUGGCAAAGACUCAGCAGAUUGUGCCAAGACUCUAAAUGAGCUUGGAGUGCUUUAUUACCUGCAGAACAACCUGGAUGCUGCAAAAAUGUUCUUGACCCGUUCCCUGGAGAUGCGCCAGCGCGUGCUGGGGCCAGAUCACCCUGACUGCGCCCAGUCUCUGAACAACCUAGCCGCGCUUCACAGCGAAAGGAAAGAGUAUGAGAGUGCCGAGGAGCUGUACGAAAGAGCACUUGACAUCCGUAAACGAGCACUCGCCCCAGAUCAUCCCUCUCUCGCCUAUACCCUCAAACACUUGGCCAUGCUUUACAAACGCAGGGGGAAGCUGGAAAAGGCAGUUCCUCUAUAUGAACUGGCUCUUGAAAUCAGAGAGAAGAGCUUCGGGCCUAAACACCCCAGUGUUGCCACCGCUUUGGUUAAUCUUGCAGUGCUCUAUUGCCAGCUGAAGCAGCACAGUGAUGCAUUGCCUUUGUACGAGCGCGCUCUAAAGGUAUAUGAGGACAGUCUCGGCCGACUACACCCUCGUGUUGGAGAGACUCUGAAAAACCUGGCUGUACUCAGCUACGAAGAGGGAGAUUUUGAGAAUGCUGCUGAACUGUACAAGCGAGCAAUGGAAAUAAAAGAGGCAGAGCCAUCUCUGGUGUGCGGUAAGGCCCCCUCACGUCACUCAUCUAGCGGCGAUACCUUUAGCCUCCGAAGCCCCGCCCUCCCUCACACCUCAAGGUGACACCUGACCCCUCAACACUUACCAAGGUGCACUCUUACCUCUAUUAAUGAAGCCAUAUUGGCCACACUUGAUGUGUUCAUGCAUGUGCUUGAAGUCUACAUGGAGCAAUCAAAUAUGCAUGGUAAGAAAACAUUGGAAUCCAACGUGGUUCUCAUUCCUACUGUAAUUUACAGUAUGAAUCAUAAGUGUUUUAAUGUAUCACUCAUUGCCACUGGGUUUAUAGAAGGUGCUCUCUGACUCUCAAAAAGGCAAAACCUGAGAAAGUGUUUUAUACCUGUGAUUUUCAAUGACUGUUGAAACAGCACUCCAUAGCAUCGGCAUACCAAUGACAUUUCAAAUGCACUGCUGGUAAACUGUUAGGUGUAGUAGUGUUUAGUAAAGUCACUAUGACCAGAAUAGUGUUAUUUAUGGAAGGCCACUUAAGAGUGUAAAAAAAAACUGACUGUUAGAAGUUUAAAUACAUUUGGGAGAUAUAAAGGUACAUGAGAUACUGAGUAGUGAGAUAUGAAGUCACAAUUACGAGAUAAGAGGUCACAAUAGCAAGAAAUAAAGUCUAAAUUACAAAAAAUAAGGUUGCAAUUAUGAGAAAUGAUGUGAAAAAAAACACUAAAGUCAUGAGAUAUGAAGUCGCAAUUAGAAGAUAUGAAGUUGCAGUUACAAGAUAUAUAGUAGCAAUUAGGAGAAAUUGCAAUUACGAGAUGUGCAGUUGCAAUUACGAUAUAAGAAGUCACAAUUGCUAUAAAUAAUGUUGCUAUGAGAUAUGAAGUAAUUUGUUGAAAAAACAUUGUAAUGUGAAAUUGGGUUACAAUUAUAUAAAAUCACAAUUGCGAAAUAGCAAAAAACAAUAUUGCAUAUCAAGAUAUGAAGCCGCAGUUACGAAGUGUGACGUUGCAACUGCAAGAAAUGGUGCAAUUAUCUUUUUCUUCUCUCAGACGACAA